AUGUCCAUUUCAGUAUUUGACACGGAUUUCGUCGUGACGGCGCAAACGCUGGUGCAGCUUACAGAUACCAUGGCGUGCGAGAGUGAGACCGCGGGCAUUAUACCUUACGAGGCGACUCGGAAGUCGAAGACGGGUGUCGUGGCGCACGGGACUGCGAGCACGAGACCGGCCGUCGUCCCCCACGAAUCAGAUCGCGUUUCCCAGCAGCUAGACGACGCUUCCGUCGACUUUUCCGUCAACGGUACAGUUGACGUUUCAGUUGACGUUUCUGACGUUUCAGGCGAGGCGUUAGGCUCGGCAGUGUUAGACGUGAUGCACGACCCGUGGCGCGUGGAGGGCCUUGAUCUGCAGGGACCCAACUACGCCAUCGUACGGCGCGACCGCGUUUGCCCUAUUCAGCGCGCGGGAGCUGCGGCGGGAUAUGCGGCGGGAGCUGCGGCGGUAGCCGCGGAGCGAGAAGCUUCCCCGAACGAGCCGGUGUUGGUUGGGAAAAAAAGCCGGAGGAGAGGCAAGGGGAAGAGAGCGACUGGCGGGGAGAGGGUGAUUGGAGGAAGGAGAGGAGGAAGCGGAGAGCGGGAGAGGCGCUGGGAGGGUGCGAGCAAGUCGAGUGAAGAAAGGUCCGUGAUAGACGAUGUGUCGAGCAGAAGAGGAGGGUUGGCAUGGGGACACGUUGGGGAUGCUGCUGGUGCUGCUGGUUUUAUCCGUGCUGCCGCCGGUGCUUCUGCUUCUCCUGCUGCUGAUGCGGAGGCGUCUGAGUCGGUUGGGUGCGGUGCUGAGGGGAUUGCCCCUGGUAGGUUGAACCGAGGGGCGCGGGGAGGAGGGGUGGCGGAGAGCGGUGGCGGGAGAGGUGGCGCAGAGUGGGAGGCGGAGGGCGGAGGUAGCGAGGGAGAGGAAAGGAAUGGCGCAGAGAGGCUGUUGAGUGAAGCGGCUGAGGCGAGAGCUCCGCACUCGAGCAACGGGAAGCAUAAUGCGCCAGGCGAACACGGUGGGAAUGAGAAUGGGAGCAAGAAGGCAGAAGGGAGAGAUGGUAGGGAGGCUAGGGAAGGGAGUAACGUGGGGAACGAAAGGGACGAGCGGGACGGGCGCGAAAGAAGACGCAGUGGGGAGUCUGCUUCUGGAGCUCUCAGCACUGGCGUUGGCCUGAACAGUGGGAGGAGAGGAGCGGAGAGCUAUAGGGAAGGGGGAGAGAACGUGGGAAGGGGUGCGGAAGAGGGAACGGGAGGCGGCGGAGAGGGGGCAGCGGUGCGUGGUGGGAUGGCAGUGGAGGGGCCAGCAGUGGGGGGGAGAGCGGCAGCGCGAGUGGAGGAGGAGGACGAGCAGUACGCGCGUGCUGUGCGCGCUGACCCCUCCAACGCCCUGCUGCUCUGUGACUACGCCCGCUUCCUCUGUGAGAUCAAGGACUAUCCACGGGCAGAUCAAAUGUUCCGGCGGGCAGCUGCAGCCAGCCAAGCAGAGGGGCGGGCGCGCAUGAAAGGACGGGCAGCAAGAAUGGAUCAGAGCCCAAACAACCCCACAGACAAUGGGGCCCUCAAGGGGGUGAAAGGAGCGAAAGGAGUGAAAGGAGUGAAGGGGGUGAAGGGGAUGACAGGGGUUGAGGAGGGGGAGGUGCUGGUGCUAUGGGCUAAGGCGGUGUGGGAGGGGUGGCGUGACGGUGAGCGUGCUCUGGCUCUCUUUGACCAUGCUGUGGAAGUGGCGCCUCAUGACUGCUAUGUGUUGGCAGCAUAUGCAUCCUUCCUCUGGGGCAGAAGCCCCCUUCCAUGA